GGUCUGUGUGUGAGUGCAAGUAUAGGGCGUGAGGGUGUCGUCUCAGCUCGAGUUUGAAAUAUUUGCCCCCAAUCCCGUUUUCUAUUGGAGUGGAGCUACUUUGCCGCUAGAAAGGAAAGAAGAGAGACUGAAGUUACAGCUAAUCUCAUUUCCAUCGAAAAUAUGUGUAGACGUUUCCACUUUAUUCUUCUUUUGGUUGGAUUCUUACCUAUUUCUGAUGCUCAGCGAUGGGUUUGGAGGAGCCAGCGGUCCAGUCGUCGCCAGAUAUCCUCGCCCGGUGUCCCUCCUGCUGAAAACUUUGGGAAGCCUCCCCGCCUCCCCCCUCCCACAGGCCUCUUUCCCCUCGCUGGAAUCCCUCCCACGCUCUCUCCCAACGCGCCGUUCCCCUCUCGUAACCCUCCCCAACCCCCGUGAACCCCUUGAAUUCCGACCGCUAUCCAUAGACAUCUCCAAGCUUCCCCUGCAGACGUCUGAGGAAGUGCUACCACCGGAGGAAGUCGGCCUCUCGCCUCACGCCUUCACGCUUCCUAAUCCUCCUGCAGGGGACCUUCUCAGACAGAGCCUCGACCUCGGCGCCCCUCGUCCACGGGAGAUUCGGCAGGAUACUUCCUCCUUUGAUGCUUCAGAAUCCGGUCUCCCGCUCAGCAUUUCCAAUUUGGAUGUCAGAGGGGGUUUCCAGCUCGGCCAGACAGAGUUCAGCCGCUCACAAGCUCUAGUCACCGCUCCGGAUAUAUCACUACUUCCCUUGCAAGGAUCCAACGAGAACCAGGGACUGGACAGCAUUGGCUUCAUAAGUAGUCCAUCAGGGCUGCAAGAAUCGCUCAUACAAUCUUCAGGUUCAGGAGAGAACGUUCGUUUUCCGGAAAAGAUCGAACCCUUUACAGUAGAAAAUGGAAGAGACCACCUGAUUCUUGCGACGACCCGCAUUCCCAUCGCGACUCCAAGGCCUGUCCGCGUGUUCCUUGAGGAUAUUCCCUCCCUAGACGCCUCUCCUUUUCUUCCCCUGAAGAAAUCCCCCGAAACCUCUAAGAAGGAAACAAAUCCUAGAGACCCCAAGAGAAUAGUUGGCUUCGAGGAGCUCACCCGCAGCAACCAAAGCCCUUUAGAAGAAUCCGCCGCGUUUCCGAAAGGUGCUGAGAAAUUUAGUCAUAGUGUAGCGGAAGGUGCCAUCGAGGUCGUCGAAGCUCCCAGGUUCCCCCGGCUUUCGGACACCGUUGCUGACGGGACGAUCUCCGCUUCAAGCUAUGUGUUCCCUCCCCCAACAGCUCUGAGGGGAUCUUCCCUCGCUCUCCAGAAACCCACCCUCCCGCCUCGACCCAGCAGAUCCCCUCUUAGCGCCAGCAAACCAGAGCCGAGGGAAGAUAAGGGUAUAACCGUGUUAUUCAAGAAGCCUUCGGGUCUCAAGAAGGAGAGACGCGUCCCUUCGUACGUAUGGCUCUGGCCUGGUGAAACGCCGGCUUCCAGGGCCGCCAAGUUCUUCACAAGACCCUCCUUACAUGCCCUCUGAGACUUAGUGCUCUGUUGAUUUGUUUUGUAUUUUUAUUUUCUGUUUACUCUUACAAGAUUACUCUGUUGUUAGUAGUACAAUAUGUUCAGCUUUUUUAUCGUCAUAAACGAUUUUUUUAAUGAAAAUAAACUUAUAUUUAAAAAAUUCAUACGUUCUGUGUCAUAUAUACAGACAUUUAAACUCCCCCCACAUCUCUUUUACCUUCCUUUUUUUCUCUGAAAUUAUUGUAUUAGAAAAAUAUAGAAUUGUUUACAAUAAUGUUAGAAAUUAAUAUUACCUUAUUCAGUAUAGAAAUUAUAAUAAUCUGUUGUCCACUAUCUAAUAAGAGUGGAACAAAGUGCAUGCCUUAACAUGCGAUUUAUAAACAUUAAACUGUAGAAUUAGUGUUUUCUUCAAUGUAAGGUCUUAAGACUCUGAAUGUUACUUGUUACGAAAAGACUCCAAUUCUGCAGAGCAGGAAAUUAUUUC